GAAGCCCCCGCGGGACCCCCGAGAACAAAGGACGGGAGCACUCCUCUUUCCCACCAAGGAAAGGGUGGAGGGGCUCCCUCGCCCCAAAGGGAUCCCUGGGAACCGUGUCCAAGUCGUGCCCCGGACUCGUGGAUUUGGGGUUUCGGUCUCUCCAAGCGGAUUAGAAUUCCUCACCGGCUUUGAGUCCCCGGCGGCUGGGCUGCAGAAAUUGGGUGAAAAAGCGGCGUUUCUGAGCCCGGAGCCGCGCAUCCUCCUGGGUCAUCAAUAUUAAUCACGGCGAUGCGCAUCAGUUCCAGCCCGGCUGCCGAGCAGGGACGCCGAGACUCGGAAUGGGAAAUGAUGUUAAUUGAGUUGAUUAGCCAUUCGCGUCUUCCCUUUCCCGGGGCAGGGCGGCUCGCUGCCCCGCCGGAAUCCUCCGGCCGAGUUUCAUGCUCCAGUUCCUCAUCCGCAGGGGAGGAGGGGGAGAUCGGGAAGGCGAAGCCCGGCCCCGAGAGCUGCGGGUCUGCGCGGGGCUCGGGGAUCCGCCGCGUCCUCCCGGGGCUUUCUGCUUUGAACCGGCCCCGGGGUUUGUUUUUAGGGCUUUGAAACGCAUCCCGUAUCCACCGGCGUUUUGCGUCGUGCCUCUGCUUUCCCUGGGCUUUGAGAAAUGCUGGUUUUACGCACGGUUUCCACAUUUUCGCUGUGUUUUAAGCGGCCUCGCACGGACUCCCCGCUCCAGCCCAUCCGUGCCAGUCGCUGCUCCGGCGGCUGGAGCAGCUUUGGCGCAAAGGCUGCGAGUGCUGGCAGCAAUCCCGCAUCCCAAAAUAUCCCCAGGGAUCUGCCAGCUCCCCUCCCGACCCCAUCCCGCUCUCCGCAGGGCUCCGUGGAUUGUCCCAACCUGGAAUUUGAGUACGGAGAUGCCGACGGGCACGGCGCUGAGCUGGCAGAGCUGUACAGCUACACCGAGGAGCCCGAGCUGAGCCACGGCCGCAGGUGCUUCGAGGAGGAUUUUCACAGCCCAGUGCCGGGCAGGAGGUGGCUGGAGCUGGACAGGAGCCAGCAGAAGGCUCACAUCAUGCACCUGCUGGACGGGCUGGAGGUGGUCAGCAGGGACAGGAGGCUGCGGGUGGCACGGGCCAUCCUCUACCUGGCACAGGGUGUCUUUGGGGAGUGUGACAAUGAAGGUGAUGUCCUGCACUGGUCUCGGCACAACAGCUUCCUCCUGUACCAGCUGGGAACCUUCUCUGCCUUCCUGGAGCUGCUCAACAUGGAGAUUGAGAACAGCCAGGCCUGCAGCAGUGCCCUGAGGAAGCCAGCCAUCUCCCUGGCAGACAGCACAGAGCUCAGGGUCCUGCUCAGUGUCAUGUACCUGCUGGUGGAGAACAUCCGUGUGGAGCAGGAGACGGAUCCCCCCGAGUGGAAAACCUGCAGGGAGACCUUCAGGAUGGAGCUGAGUUUCCCUGUGCACGCUGAGGAGCCCUUUGCUCUGCUGCUCUUCACCAUGGUCACCAAGUUCUGCAGCGGCCACGCUCCACACUUCCCCAUGAAGAAGGUUCUGCUGCUGCUCUGGAAGGUGCUCCUGUUCACGCUGGGCGGGUUCCAGGCGCUGCAGGCCAUGAAGGUUCGGCGGCGGGAGGAGCUGGGGCUGCCGCCCCUGCCCGAGGACAGCAUCCAGGUGGUGCGGGGGAUGCGCGCCGCCUCCCCGCCCGCCGCCGGCGCCGAGCUGCUGGAGCAGCAGCAGCAGCAGCAGCAGCAGAAACGGGGACACCGCAGCCGCAGGCCCCUGAUGAAACAAGACAGUUUGGAUAUCUACAACGAGAGAGAUCCCUUCAAGAACGAUGAAGGAGGGGUUGAUGAGGAGGAGAAUGAUGAUGUGGACAGUGGGAUUGAGGGGGAGCUGGACCUGAUGGAGAGGGACACGAUCAUCCCUGCCCUGCCAGCCCAGCGCCUGCCCAUCGAGAGGGUGUCCUUCCCCAAGGGGCUCCCCUGGGCCCCCAAAGUCAGACAGAAAGACAUCGAGCAUUUCCUGGAAGCGAGCAGGAACAAAUUCAUCGGAUUCACGCUGGGCCAGGACACUGAAACCCUGAUAGGGCUCCCACGGCCGAUCCACGAGAGCGUGAAGACCCUGAAGCAGCACAAGUACGUUUCCAUCUCGGAUGUCCAGAUCAAGAACGAGGAGGAGCUGGAGAAGUGCCCCAUGUCUCUGGGGGAAGAGGAAGUGCAAGAAACCCCUUGUGAGGUCCUGUAUCGAGCAAUGUUGUACAAUCUCCCCCAGUACAUGAUCGCUUUGCUGAAGAUCCUCCUGGCUGCUGCACCCACCUCCAAGGCCAAGACUGACUCCAUCAACAUCCUGGCAGAUGUGCUGCCUGAAGAGAUGCCCAUCACCGUCCUGCAGAGCAUGAAGCUGGGCAUUGAUGUCAACAGACACAAGGAGAUCAUCGUGAAGAGCAUCUCAGCCCUGCUGCUGCUGCUCCUCAAGCACUUCAAGCUGAACCACAUCUACCAGUUUGAAUACGUGUCCCAACACCUGGUGUUUGCCAACUGCAUCCCCCUGAUCCUGAAAUUCUUCAACCAGAACAUCAUGUCUUACAUCACUGCCAAAAACAGCAUCUCUGUCCUGGAUUAUCCACACUGCACAGUCUGUGACCUGCCUGAGCUCACAGCAGAAAGUCUGGAAGCUGGAGACAACAACCAGUUCUGCUGGAGGAAUUUGUUCUCCUGCAUUAACCUGCUGAGGAUCCUCAACAAGCUGACCAAGUGGAAACACUCCAGGACAAUGAUGCUGGUGGUGUUUAAAUCAGCCCCCAUCCUGAAGCGUGCCCUGAAGGUGAAGCAGGCCAUGAUGCAGCUCUAUGUGCUCAAGCUGCUGAAGAUCCAGACCAAGUACCUGGGGAGGCAGUGGAGGAAGAGCAACAUGAAGACCAUGUCAGCCAUCUACCAGAAGGUGCGGCACCGCAUGAACGACGACUGGGCCUACGGCAAUGACAUCGACGCCAGGCCCUGGGAUUUCCAGGCUGAGGAGUGCACGCUGCGAGCCAACAUCGAAGCCUUCAACAGCCGCAGGUACGACAGGGAGCGGCGCUCCGAGUUCGCCCCGGUGGACAACUGCCUGCAGAGCGUGCUGGGGCAGCGCCUGGAGCUGCCCCGCGACUUCCACUACUGCUACGAGCUGUGGCUGGAGAGGGAGGUGUUCGCACAGCCCAUUCGCUGGGAGGAGCUGCUGCACUGCCACUGACUCCAGCCCGCCCCGCCGACGGGGAGGGCGGCCUCGGGCUGGGUCGGCGGGGAAAAAUGGGUUGGGGCUUCGCUAGGCACCGAGACUCCGCAGACACCUCUUCUUGGAGGUUGUGCUGGGACUGUGGAGGGGCCACGGAGGAGGUUGAGGAGUGAGCUCAGGUGUGUCUGUAGCUCGGUGUGAGUGAGGAUUCCCAGCUGGGAUUUCCAUCUCUCAGUGCUUUGGACCCAUUCUGGUUUGUCAUGUGCUUCCCACACGUGCUUUGGGGUGCACACAGCAUUCCUGUCGCUGUCCCUGGGCUGCCCCAGCCCUGGUGCCACCGGGGGCGGGUCCUGCACGGUCCCCUGGACACCCACCCACCCUUUGCCUCCCUCCACCUUCACUCACCUUUGCUCAACUUGUGUUUGGAGAUCCCAUUCCUCUCCUCUCUGAGUGUCACUAUUAUUCUACAAUCCUCUUCACCCCUUUCCAGCCCUGAGGAAACAACAAAUACCACGGUAAAUAACCUGAUUUUUUACACAGAUUUUGGGGUGUUUGGGGGAAUGUCUGUGCCCUGUGGGGGGGGAAAGUGCUUUGGUGAACAAUUUCUGAGUUAAAGAGUGGAUUCUGUGGUCCCUAAAUUUCAGAAUGAAUAGGAUAUUGAGCUGUAAACUUUCUAUCCGUUUAAUAACUUAAUACUUAAAUUAAAUAAUGAACACAACUCUUGGGUAAAGCUGUGUUGCAUGAGGGUGGCAUUUGUCAAAGCAUUGUGUGUUCAUAUAGGGCAGGGAAGCCCUAAAUAAAUAGGUGUUUGUUGUGGCAGGAUUUGUGCUAAUUGUUUAAAUAAUUAAUUAACUGGAGAAUGUUUCUUUCACGGGGUUUGUUCAAGGCCUUGUCCAUGGAAAUGGCAUUAAACCUUUUAAAACCUUUUAAAAUACACUUUUGUUCAAAAUAAAACAAC